AUGUUGGAUUAUGCCAAACCAACCCUCACUGGGGCAGCCUCGAGCAUUGUGAUACCAACAAUAGCUGCCAAUAACUUCAAAAUCAAACCAAUAAUAAUUCAGAUGAUUCAGAAUACAGUUCAGUUCUACGGCUUAGCUCAUGAAGACCUGAACACUUACAUCGCCAACUUCUUGGAAAUAUGUGACACAUUCAAGCACAAUGGAGUUAGUGAUGAUGCGGUGAGGCUCAGAUUGUUUCCGUUCUCAUUGAAGGACAAGGCUAAGAYGUGGUUGAACUCUCUCCCAGCUGACGGAGAGUCAUUGUAUGAGUCAUGGGAGCGUUACAAAGAAUUACUAAGGAAGGUCCCUCAUCAUGGACUUCUCGUAUGGAUGCAAGUUCAAACAUUUUAUAAUGGGUUGACCGAAGCCAAUAAGACCAUUAUGGAUGCUACAAUUGGGGGAUCCAUUAAUAACAAGACCCCUGAGGUUGCCCAUGCACUCAUUGAGGAGAUGGCUGCAAACAACUAUCAAUGGCAUUCCGAGAGAACCCAAGUUAGGAGACAACCCGGACUUCAUAAUGUAGUCACCUAUACAACACAAUUUGCACAAAUCGGUGCCCUCAGCAAGAAGAUAGAUGAAAUGCAGUUGGCAGCCAUGCAUGUUCAGACCGUAGCCUGUAAAUGGUAUGGGGGAGGUCAUAUCAGCAGUGAAUGUCAAGUUGAAAAUCAGUUCAUGCAGUCCCCUUAUCUAGUAGAUUUUGUUGGUAAUUUGCAAAGGCAGCAAGGCAAUCAGUACCCUCAUGCAUUUAACCCCGGUUGGAGGAACCACCCCAAUCUGUCUUGGCAAAAUCAAAAUGUGGUGAAACCCUUUCCCCAAAAUUUCAAUCAACCAGAGAAAAAAUCCAAUCUAGAGGAGUUGAUGACCAAGUUCAUAGCAAGUGCAGAAACGAGAUUUCAGAACCAAGAGGCAUCGAUCAAGAACUUGGAAACUCAAGUGUGGAAGUUGGCAUAG